ACACACACACACACACACACACACACACACACACACACACAUUUAACACUGUCUUUUGUUGUAAUGUGCCACUCCUCUGCCGGGUCAACGGUUAAUGGGCAUCUUGUGCUUCCUAAGUCAACAUGGUGAUGCAGCCCUGGGCUUGGUACCCUGCUCUGCCCCUCCCGUAUUACUUGUAUAAAACAAGGCCUCCAGCAGAGAUCAGUUCCUGACAAAACCCUCCUGAUUCUGUCUGCCCGUCCGUCUCACCGACUGCUGCCAUGUCGUUUGUUGCUCCUCCUGGCUAUCAGCCAAUCUACGGCCCUAGAAUUCCGUAUCUGGGGCCAAUUUAUGGAGGCCUGAGGGAAGGGGUGUCCAUUUACAUCCAGGGGUCCAUUCCUGAGAACAUUACCAGGUUCUUAAUCAACCUGCUCUGCGGCGAGUCUGAGUCCAGCGACAUCGCCCUCCACUUUAACCCUCGAUUUGACGGCCGGGACAAGGUGGUCUUUAACUCUUGUCAGGGGGGAUCCUGGGGUUCUGAGAACAAGAUCCGUGAUAUGCCCUUCAGGAAAGGCCAGGCCUUUGAAAUGGUCAUCAUGGUCAAUUCACAGGGCUACCAGAUUAAAGUCAAUGGGAAUGACUUCCACACCUUCGAACAUCGUCUCCCUUUGAACAGGGUUUGCGCAUUGCAGAUCGCAGGAGAUGUUUCCAUCCAGACAAUUAACAUCAUAGGGGGUGGAAUGGGAGGAGGAAUGGGAGGAGGAAUGGGAGGAGGAAUGGAAGGAGGAAUGGGAGUAAGAUUAACAUGUUCAUCACCCACUGUUCAACAGGGAGGAUAUCCAGGAGGUGGCAUGGGGGGAGGAUACCCAGGUGGCAUGGGAGGAGGAAUGGGAGGAGGAGUGGAAGGAGGAUAUCCAGGAGGUGGCAUGGGGGGCGGAUAUCCAGGAGGAAUGGGAGGUGGUAUGGGGGGAGGAUCAAGCCUGCCGGGCAUGGGCGGGCAGCCGGUCUACAAUCCUCCUGUGCCCUACUCCAACAUGAUCCCAGGAGGGAUGUACCCUAAGCGGACCAUCAUCAUCAGAGGCAUGGUGCCCAAUGGAGCAGAAAAAAUCGCCAUCAACUUUAAGGUGAGCCGAUCUCGGGACAUUGCCUUCCACAUGAACCCCAGGGUGAGAGAGGGCAUCGUGGUGAGGAACAGCAUGAUUGGAGGUAACUGGGGCCAGGAGGACAGAGAACCCAGCUUGAACCCCUUCAUGGAGGGACAGUACUUUGAUAUGUCGGUUCGCUGCGGGAACCAGAGGUUCAAGGUGUUUGUGAAUGGGCAGCACUUGUUCGACUUUGUCCACCGCCUGCAGUCCUUUAAUGAGGUCGACAUGCUGGAGAUAGAAGGCGACGUGCAGAUCUCCUACAUCCACUUCUGAGACCACACACACCUUUUAGACACUAUAAAUUCUGUACAUUAUUCAUCUAUUUCAUGGUUUUUUUUGUGUUUAGAUGAUAUUUCGGAGGAUAUGUCAGCCACUGUGUUAUCUCAGGUUCUUAAUCUUCCUGCUGUGUGAUCAUAAAUCUUAAUUCCACGAAACGUUACCUCAUCG